CUACCCUGAGCUAAACCAUCCCUUCUCCAUCCCUUCCAUCCCCCAUCAACCCCCGGCCCAGCAGGUCACGGUGGGCCGCCCCGCCUCAGGAAAGGUCCAGUACUCGUAAAAACUUGGUGAAAGUUGGUUGUGCUGCGGUUCCCUCCGUUCCUUCCAUACUCCGCGCACCAACUCCAAUACACGGACAGUUAAUCCAGUGUUUCAGUCUACACAGCGUUCAAGUCUCUCAGUUGUUGAAUCCAAUACACUUGUGAUACAUAUAUAUUCUAUACUCGUGUAUCAGGGACAUGCAUCAAGCCCUGAUUAAACAUGAGCAUGAACUGUACAAAUUUCUCCCAGAAUGCCUGGAAAAAGGAUCUGUGUUCUAAUUGUUUUAGAACAUUAAGUGAGCAUAAAAAUGUCGGGAUCAAUGCCGGUCACCCUGUCCUGGGGGGUCAGGAUAGUUUGACCCAGCUACAACAGGGAACAAACAGAUAUCUAACCCUGACAAACAAUCCUUUAUCCUCCCGUAAUGUAAAAUUAAUCUCUAAAUGGAAUGACACAGUUUUUCAAGAUCAGACAGAGAAACCAGGAAAUAAUACUUUAGAUACAGACUCCUUUCCCCAGAUAAAUACUAAGCUGCAGGAUACUUUAGAUAGUUUAAAUACUCUUGAUAAACCCGCUAAACAUGGAAGAAAGAAUAGUUUAGAUGUAACUGAUGAACCUGCUGUAAUUACAGAGCUAAACAUGAAAGAUUCGCCUAGUCUCAACCCUUCUCACACUGUUAUACAGAGGUUGGAUAGUUUAGUUCUAGGAACUCCACUUUCCUCCAAACAGCAGGAAAAUAGAUCAGAAAAACAUGUGUCAGGAAAGAUUGGAAUCCUCAAAGAUUCAACCAGAGAUAAAUCAGGAUCGGAGAAAAAGCGCGGCAUUACAUUUCCUGAUUAUGAAGAACUUCAAGAGAUUAUUGGCUACGGAGGAGAGUGUUAUUACUCCUCUGAAGGAGAGGAUGAUGAGGAGAGUUUCCCUGCUAAACCUGACACUGAUUACUCUGAAGAGUUAACACAAGAAGAACGUAACGUCAUCAACAUAACGAAGAAGAACACUACCUUCAACUCCCACUCACAAAAUCUCAAGGAGAGUCCUACUCCACAGGUUAAAUUGGGCCAGGAGAAGAAACAUACUCCAGUCAUAUCAGUCAGACCUUUUGUACGAGAACAGACACCUGGCAAGGUUAACAUGGUGUCUCCUAUGAUAAAUGGAGAAUUAGUUAAAACAAAACCUGAAACUAUAAAAUCUCUGGGUCGGGAGAACAAGCUUAUUGUCAGGAAAUUAAGUCAUGAUGAGUGUGGGAGGGGAGAAGUAAAAAUUAAUAAAACUGAUAGCCUUGGAUCAGAUGGUAGUACAGAAAAUUCAUCUGAUAGUGAUUCAAACAUUCGUGACACCCCCUCUCCCCAAUCAGUUCCAAGUUAUCAUGGGAUCAGGAAUGAAUCAGAACUGUUCUCCAGUUCUAGGGUUGAAGAUGAAAAGAAAUCGUCCGCAGCAGUGGCCAGGCUCUCAAGUUUAAACAAAUCUGUAACUCCGACAGUUGAACUGUCAUCUACUAGUCAAUCUCAAGAUGUAACCAAAUAUUCAGAUGAACCUGGAUCCAAGAUGGUUCCAAGAAAAGCCAACUCUACCGCCCGUUUAUCAUUUCUCAGCAGUACUGUCAGUGGAAGCCCCGGCCCUGAAAUGUCCUGUCCCGACCCUGAAAACUCCUGCUCCGACAUACAAACAAAACCUGAACUAAAUUCUUCAUCUGAUAAUGAGGGUUCCAGCAGCUCCCAACCCAGGAUACUAGACACGGAAUCAGUCUCAGAAAAGGCUCCCCAAAAUCCCAUUUAUUCCGCUGAGAAAUCAGAACCAGUCAAAUCUCCAGUUCCCAAAGAUACACCAAGAGUCAAGCUGACCAGAAAGAGUCCCUAUGUUGUUGGUCAGAGUACCUCUAUACUCAGAGGAACUCCCAAGCCUAUGAUAACACGGAAACCACCAAUAUUAAAAGAUAAACCAAAGGUUCCCGUCAAACCUAAUAAACUGAUCAUGCGUUCUCCAUCUUCAUCUCCAUCCCCUCAUGAUCACACAAGGUCCAGUUUAUCUCCGGUAGCCAGAGAGAACAGAGAUGAUGCUAGUCCUGUCUCCGUGAGACCUGUUCCCGCUCCACGAACUGCAUCAUUCAGACAAAAUAGUGAAUAUGUUAACCUAACUAUAUCCCAGGGCAGGGAAAACAAAUCAACCUCAGGUUCAUCCAUCAAAACCAAUGAAAGUGAUUCAAUUGAAAUUGAUCCUAUUUCCGAAGAUACUGAGGAGAAAUGUAAUGAUAGCUUGACCCAGAACGCUCUAAUUAUCUCAGUACCCAGUUGUGGAACCACAGAGACCAAGAGAAUUCAGGAGGAUUUCACAGGAGAAAAUUCCCCUCCCCUGGUUCAGAAGAAGCUAGGGGACAAAAACAAGGAAGCUCUUGACGCCAUACGGAAAUCAUUAAGUAAUAAACUAAUUAGCUCGGCUCCCCCACCUAGAGUUGUAGAGAGCAUUAGAGCUUCUAACAACGGAUUAGAUUUUCUCUCAAUACAGCAACCACUAGAAAAGAAGAUAUCUAAUUCAUUUGAGGAAACUCGUGCAGUGCUUGAGGAAUCCUUACAUUUUAGCAGACACGACAUAUCUCAACCUAACACCAAGAGACAAGCUCCACAACCACCCCCAGAUUGUGAUUCUGCUGAACCCGUUCAACCCGUUUCACCGCCCCCGGAGCAAAGUGAUGUAAAUGACAAGUGUAAACCUAGUUCCAGCUGUGUAGAUGUAAAGGAGGAUGAUACUAAGAUAUUAGAUCCUGAACCCUUAGUUCAACCAACUCCUAAAUUAACACCUGCAAUUAGAAACAGCAGUAUGAAAAGCGAAAUUUCCAACAAAACCAGAGACAAUAAACUCCGAACAGUUCAGUUCAGCCCUGAUACACUAACUGUAACUGUUCCAAUAGACAGGACGCCUAAAAUUAUCAGCUAUAACCGAUGGAUGGGUAAAAAUCCGUAUCUAGAAAGUUCUUUUACCGGACAACCCAUAGCUAUGCUCCCACCAGGAGUGAUAAGCCCACCCACCAAGAAACCAUUGGUCCCAUAUCCCACCACUCCUGUGAUAGAUGACGUACCCCGUAAAUGGACGGAAAAGAAGAAAAAAUGGCGCUCCAAAUCAACACCAAGAUCUUCUGAAAUUGAUGAGCUCAUGGGGAGCAGCAAGACAAAAGCUCCGAACAGACUUGCAAUAUUCACCGGAGGUUCACCGGGUCCAGCUCGGAGACAGUCUAGAGUUGAAAUCUACGAGUCGGAGAAGAGAAUACAGAAGAAGGGAAAAUUCUCUCUGAAAAACUUGUUUAAACCCCAGAAUGAAGCGUUGAAUGAAACUCUGCCGAAUAAGUUUAUUGAUAAGGAGCACGAGCGUGAAAUCCUCGAACGACAAAGAGGGAAAUCCAGACCUGAAAUCAUACAUCCUCUUGACCUCCAGAAUGGUGGAGUUGAGGUGGUCAAGAUCACUCCCAAGAACUCUGUCAAGGGACAGUUUGACAAGAACAAGCUCUCUAUAUCGAACAGUAAGCCUGCUGUUCAGAGAAACCUAGAUCUGAAAACUAAGAUUGAUGUUGAUGGAAAGGAUUCCGGACAUGAUACUUCUUCAAUCCAUACAGAGACCUCGGAGGAUACUGGAACCUGCUCCGGUAGCGGAGAUUACUCCUCCUCUUCAGCAGACUACCCAGCCAACCUAGCUAACCUGGAUAUGUCUCCAAUAGGAAUGGUUAUGCAGCCUGAAGUAGAGCACCUGACAACCCAUCAUAUCUCGAGCUCUAUCCUAGGGGUCAACUCGGCAGGUAAACCAAAACCUGCGCCUCCUCCUCGCAGCCAAUCCUUAGAGGUCUUUGACAAAUUCGACGAUGAUCGUCUUUUCUUUCCGUCUACCGAGCUGUCGCGUUCCGUCGAUCCUCUCGCCUCGCCACGCUUGUCUGAUCGUUCUCCCUCCCUCAACCCUCGUGAUGAGCUGAACCUAACCCUGGAGACGGUUUAUGCAAACCUUGGCUCACAACGCUCUAAUCUAGCUCCAAAUAAACCCCAGAGAACCGGAAGUAUAAGGGAUUCCUCCGCCCCUGUGAUCUCCGCCACGCCUCCUUCCGCCCCACCCCCACCACCCUCAGUUACCCAGUCUAGUAACGCCUAUAUGCUUCCGAUGAAACUGAGUAUCGGAGAUCUAUCCUUCUCCCAGAGUUUACUAAACCAUCCACCUCUACAGAAGACGACCUCUGAUCUCUCCCCUCUUCAGAGGAUGGUCUCCGACCUGUCCCCAUUCCCGAAACGAGCCUCUGACCUCAAAGUGUAUCACAUGAAGACGGAUAGUCUAACCUCUGAGAGUCCUUCAACCUCUGAUUCUACAAUAUCUCUACCAUCCUCGGAGCACCGUAAGAACGGAAGUGAAGCAGAUUCAGAGAGGGAGUCUGUCUCUCCUCAGAGAAAGCAUGAUGAGGUUUGCGAAAACCGUCCUGUUCCCGCCGCCCUAAAACCCCUCGCCGCCGCUCUGAACCCUCAUUUCUCUGACUUCUCAGUGCUCAGUGAAUCCGAGGGGCUACGAAGCGGAGUACAGGCGUUCUACCCUGCCACCUGGGGGUCAGCUCAUCUACCUGUAACCCUCAUGGUUUCCAGGGAUACAAGCUUAAACUCUUCCCAGGCUAAAACAUCCUUUUCCUUGAACCCUGUAGCACAGUUCGUUGAACAGAUUCCUAACUAUCUUCUAUCCAACUCAACUAACCAGGGGAUAGGAACUAAUCAAGGUGUAGUGUGGGCUCUGCCAAGGAUGACAAUCCUAACCUUCUCUUCCUUCUCCCGAACCUUGCAUCAGAGAAGGAAGAAUCUCCGGAUGGAUGAGUUUGAGAAGGAGAUGAGUUUUAUCCUGCUCCAGCUGAUUAACGGGUUAAAGUCCCUGCAAGCUCAGGGUACCGAGGAGAGUAGGACGGAGCUAGACAGGUUUCUUCUCUCUAAGAGAGAGCAGGAUACCAACUACAGGUUGAUUAUCACUGAAACCGAGCACCUGGAGAAGGAAGGACGGAAAAUGAGUUUAUGUCAGUGUGCUCUAGCCGCAAUGCUCAUGAUGUUUGACAUAGAUAACCCUAUAGAGGUCGCCUGCAGAGAAAGGGAGACUAUCACCCUCCCCCAGAUCCUCCCCUCCGUCAGCAUGUACAACACUAUGGCCGUAAUACUUCAGAAGGAUGGAUCUGUAGCUCUGGGUCAGGUUAAAUCUAUGCUGGAGUACAUGCUCUGGGGUCCGAGCGAUAUCAUAUUCGAGUUUAACCUGGAGCGUGAAGCAGAGAGUAGAGAAGAAUCUCUCCAGCGUUGGUUAGACCUAGAGAGAGCAACCGUUCUUAACAAUAUGAUUCGAUCCCAGGGAGUUUGGAACAUAUCCCUCACGGUUUAUCAGGAAUAUCAUUUACUCUUCCUGGUCCGAACCUGUGCCAAGAUGCUGAGAGAAGCGUCCUUACUUUUCGAAUCCGAGGUUUCAAGAAUGUAGAGAGAGAAUAGAGGAAGAAAAUAUAAUUAAAAAAGGCAAAGUUGAAAACAGGAAUUAACUAAAAAAAAGGCAUAGCAGUAAAAACCAGUCAGACAAUGUAUAAAACCCCCCAAGAAUAAGUUUUAAAACUAAACAAUUGGUUGACAAACAAAGAUGAGAUUAAAAAAUAAAUUCUAAACAAGGAUAAAAACUAAAAUUUAAUUAAAGUCUCUACUAACACAAGCCUUGAAAUCAUGUUUUUGAAUAAAAAGUCUCCCCCCCCCCCCCCCCCUCCCGUAUAAUCAGAAGUAUUUGAUAGCUUCUGUAUUGUAUGUUUGAAAAUUAUUAUUUUCUGUGAUAAAGUUUAUUAAAAGAUUAUUUACCAUGUUGUUUGUUACAUUUGAUAUUUAUAAAUGUAAUUUUUAUUAUAUUAUUUGAUUAAGUAGAUAAAUGUAUGUUUUUGUUACUAUUAAAGGAUAAAUAGGUAAACAGCA